AUGUCAGUCGUGCAGGAAAAUGCCUGCUAUGUCAGCUCUCAACUUGACCGUCUCCAGCAGCAGCAUCCUCGCUCCGACGAGACCCUAUAUAGUGCUAAAGAUGCCCCCGAAGGACAUUUUCAGCGCCUGCAGCAGGUAGUCCACUCUAUAUCGGUCACUUCCAAAACGCAACCCUUGCUCUCAGCGGAUAGGCUAGCGGAUCUGCUGUCCGAUCCGGUUUGUUCAAGCUCACCCAGCAACGUUGUGGCAACGACUGGCGCAGAGGAUCAUGUCUCAGAUCAACUAUGGCUUGUUGCCGGCAAAGCUGCCGUUCAAACAUCGGGAAUGGUGAUGCAUACUCUCCUGAAGCACACUAUUCGCAUCCACAAUGAGAUUCACUAUUGGGACGAGAUCUUAGGGUCCGUCUGGUAUAGUGGAAUGUAUGCCGCACAGACUUCGCCAGUGCGCUUAUGGCAUUGGACAAGGGAAAUAUACACCACUCCGCUUGAUCACCAGCAUUCUUCCGAAUCUUUAUCGAGGUCAAUGGCGGCCCGGUGGGCAUGUUUUUAUCAGAUCGCCCGCCAGAGCAUAUCGGAAUCCCCAGCCCGAUGGAGUCUAUCGGUUCCAAUUCGGUCGUCCCGGUCAGAAGCCCGAAAGAAAAGGGAUCGUUUACUUGCGAUGAAAGAUAUCUCCACUAGUAGCCUGGGUCUUUUGAUGGAAGUUUGGCAUUCCUUCCACGCAGAUGCCUCCAUCUCCAGUGAAUCCGUCUUCUCCGGUGGUAAGUGGCAGGACAUUGUGUACCGGACCAUAGCCUUGACCGAGGCUAUUCUGCAACAUGGAGUCGACCAGUCCGAUGCCCCUAGUUUCGAGCAACAAGUGUUCACAACCAUCGAGAAAGACAUAACGAGCUUGGAGACACAACGCAAUGGCUUUUCGCCCACCGCCGAAUCUGUACGACUGAUUGAGCGCCUUGUGCGUGUCCUACGUGCCACACUUCCGGAUUAUGAGGCAACCAUUACGAACCACAUUGAGAUCAAUGGUCGCCCCAAUGGUGUAAUUCGCUAUUGGCUCCCAGUCAUGGCGGCACUUUUCUCUAGUAGUGCGUCGCUACGCUUCAUACUUCUCCGUCAGGAUGAAAUCUUGCAAUGGAUCAUGAAUAUUGGCUCUACCAUUAUUGAUUUUGGCCAAAAUUGGGUCCUGGAUCCGAUCCAUAAGCUGAUCGGAACCAUCCGACACGAUGAGAAAAGUGAAAUUGCUAUUAUGAGCAAGGACAGUUUGGUCGCAGAUCGGGCCAGCUUAGAGCGAAUGGUUAUUGACUUUGUCCGCGACCGUCCUGAUCUUUCCCCAGGUAGUAUGGUGGCAGAAGAUGCGAUGGCAAUCACGAAUGCCGUCAGAGAAGGUGAUCUAACGCCGGUUUUGAAAGCCUAUGAACGGGACCUGCGAGCGCCGUUCAAGGGAACCGUUCGAGGUGACUUGAUUCGCGCUCUUUUGAUCCAAAUCCAGAAGACCAAGGUCGACGUCGAAAUCGCUAUCAGCGGCAUCAACGCUCUUCUCAAGAGCCAAGAGCUUGUCUUCGGAUUCGUUGGCCUCACCCCUGGAAUUUUGGUAUCAUAUUCGAGUCUACGGUGGCUCUUUGGUGCGUUUGGCAGUCGGCGGGGCUUGCAAAGAGGCAAGCGGCAGAGCGACCUGAGACGCGGCCUGCGAAAUGCAUCCCGAAUCUUAACGUCUGCAUCAACGGAAAAUGGAGUCGCGUCCUUCAAGGACUCGGGAAGACUCAUCUGCGAAGCGGAAAAUCUUCUCCAGAAAGUGCAGCUUGUUCUUGGAGGAGUGCAGUACCGGGAAUUUCGGGAGGACAUUCAAGACCUACUUGAUGUUCAAAGCGGAAUCGAGAAACAGCUUCGGGUGGUGGAGCGGAUGCGAUGGACAUAUUGCCACUGA